AACCUGUCCUCUCCCUCCCCCCCCCCAGGCCUGGAGAAGGUGGGCCGGGACUCCAGCUACGAGCAGGAGGGCAAGGUGCAGUUCGUCAUGGACGCUGUGUACGCCAUGGCUCACGCCCUGCACCGCAUGCACCGCCAGCGUUGCCACGGAAACCCCGGCUUCUGCCAGGACAUGGCCGACAACAUCGACGGCAAGGAGCUGCUCAGCCACAUACGGGCCGUCAGCUUCAACGGCAGCGCCAACACCCCCGUGGUGUUCAACGAGAACGGCGAUGCCCCAGGCCGCUACGACAUCUUCCAGUACCAGAUCACCAACCGGUCCACCCCUGAGUACCGCGUCAUCGGUACCUGGACCAACAAGCUGUACCUCAACGUGGACAGCAUGAGGUGGAGGAGGGGGGACUCCUCUCUACCCUCGUCCGUCUGCAGCGUCCCGUGUCGGACCGGUGAGAGGAAGAAGGUGGUGAAGGGGGUUCCCUGCUGCUGGCACUGCGAACGCUGCGAGGGGUACCACUACCAGGCCUCCGAGUUCACGUGUGAGCUGUGCCCCUACGAGAUGCGUCCCGACGCCAACCGCACCGGCUGCGUGCCCAUCCCCAUCGUCAAGCUGGAGUGGCACUCGCCCUGGGCGGUCAUCCCCGUGUUCAUCUCCAUGCUGGGCAUCGUGGCCACCUCCUUCGUGGUGGUCACCUUCGUGCGCUACAACGACACGCCCAUCGUGCGCGCCUCGGGCCGGGAGAUGAGCUACGUGCUGCUGACGGGCAUCUUCCUGUGCUACGCCAUCACCUUCCUGAUGAUCGCCGCGCCCGACGUGGGCGUGUGCUCGUUCCGAAGGAUCUUCCUGGGGCUGGGCAUGUGCUUCAGCUACGCGGCGCUGCUCACCAAGACCAACCGCAUCCACCGCAUCUUCGAGCAGGGCAAGAAGUCGGUGACGGCGCCCAGGUUCAUCUCGCCGGCCUCCCAGCUGGCCAUCACCUUCUCCCUGAUCUCGGUGCAGCUCCUGGGCGUCUUCGUGUGGUUCGCCGUCGACCCUCCGCACACGGUGGUGGACUACGGCGAGCAGCGCACGCAGGACCCCGCCUCCGCCCGCGGCGUGCUCAAGUGCGACAUCUCGGACCUGUCGCUCAUCUGCUCGCUGGGCUACUCCAUCCUGCUCAUGGUCACGUGCACGGUGUACGCCAUCAAGACGCGCGGCGUGCCCGAGACCUUCAACGAGGCCAAGCCCAUCGGCUUCACCAUGUACACCACCUGCAUCGUCUGGCUGGCCUUCAUCCCCAUCUUCUUCGGCACGUCGCAGUCGGCCGAGCGGAGGGUGUGGGGGUGGCCCUCCUAA